AUGCAGCCUAAUUCUGGACCCCAUGUUGGACAACUACUGGCAAAACGCUCUGAUCUACUGCUUUAUAUUAGUUACAUUUGCCUUUCUGGAGGUGCAGUGGUGGAAGCCAUGGCUUUCCUGGAGCUGAUCUACCUGACAGCCCUGUAUAUAACAACCUGCAGUUCGAAGAUUCAGACCAAGAAACCUGCCUGCCAUCUGGAGAUCAUUAAAACAUAUGAGGAGUAUGAAUACAUGAAAGAGGGAGAUAUAAUGAUUGCAGGGGUGUUUACUGUAAAUACCCUGAUAGUUCCAAUUAGCUAUCCAAUGGACUUUUAUAACAGUAUGUUGUGUGUUGGUGCUCUUGCAAAGAAUUACAGACAAUUUGUGGAUUUUCUUUUUGCCAUUGAGAACAUUAACAAAGACCCAGUUCUAUUACCCAACCUUACACUGGGGUACCAUAUAUACGACUCCUGUGGGGACCCCCGGAAGGCUGUGAGGAGCGUGUUCCAAAUAUUAUCUGGUACCAGGGAGCCGGUUCCCAAUUACUCCUGUGUGGGAAAGAGAAACAUUGCUGGAUUUAUCGGGGAUCUCACCUCAGAGACAACGGUGCCCAUAGCCCAGAUUCUCAAUGUGUAUGGCUAUGCACAGAUCAGUUACGGAGCUACAGACCCAUCGCUCAGCGACAGACACGCUUUCCCGUACUUUUUCAGGAUGGUGCAAAGUGAUCAUAGUCAUUAUUUGGCUUUAAGCAAGUUACUGAAAUAUUUUAAAUGGACGUGGAUUGGAAUUAUUAGAUUUAAUGAUAAUAGUGGAGAAAAAGAACUUCAACUGCUGAGCAGCUAUCUGUCGGUGGAAGGGAUAUGUGUUGAGUUCACUAUAAAGAUAAGCAAUUAUAUUGAGAAUAUUGCUGUGUAUAAAAUGUAUAGGGAGAUCAUCCAGAAAUCCUCCACCAGUGUCAUUAUACUUUGUGGGACUCCUUCCGUCAAUUUUGUUGGGACAUUCAUAAACAUGACAGACGUGUUCCGUACAAAGACGUUGGUCAUUUCUUCUACUGUAGCAGCUAAUCACAAUAUCAUAGAUUAUCAUCUAGAACUAUUCCACGGCAGUUUGGGAUUUGUGCAACAUGCAAUAUAUUCUCUAGAUAGUCCCCAAAUGAGAUCAUUCAUAGAAAGUCUCCAUCCACUCAGAAACCCAGAAGACAAAUUGCUGGAAGACAUUUGGAUGCAAUACCAUUUAUGUUUGUCGGAAGAUCCAAAUAAAAAUGAUUUGUACGAAAGAGUUUAUGCAUUUAAGCUUCACAACUGUACAAGACAAGACAAUAUUACAGAUAUUCUCAGUAUCGACAGUAAAUUGCAUUUUCCCCCUGUACAUUUUGCAGUUCAUAUUAUGUCUGGGGCACUUCAUAAAAUGCAAAAUACCUCUGAGAAGAGCAAAACUGGGCAUUAUUAUAAGUACAAGCUGCAUCACUAUCUGAAAAACAUUCAAUACAAAACAAUAAAGAAUAAAACCAACAUUUUUAACGAGAAUGGAGAGUUAAUCGGUGAAUACUUGAUAUAUAAUUACAUCAUGGAUCCGGGCGCACAAGUAAUUGUGAAUUAUCUGGGAUUGUUUAAUCCCUGGGCAUCGUCCAAUCAGAAGCUAGAGAUUGCAUCCUCCAAAAUACGCUGGAAAACCAACGACAGCAAGAUCCCAAGAGCUCAGUGCUCAGAUAACUGCCCCCCUGGAUUCAGAAAGGCCCCAAAUCCUGGAGCCCAGACCUGCUGCUAUGACUGUGUCCCGUGUCCAACUGGAGACAUUUCUACCACAACUGACAGUGAAAUAUGUACCCGAUGCCCAGACAUGGAAUGGCCCAAUGAGAACAAGAAUCAAUGUAUCAUCAGAAACGAAGAGUUUCUCUCGUACAAUAAUUAUAUGAUUUCUGUAUUUUUUUCAUCAAUUUCAGUUCUGUUUUUUCUUACAACUCUACUAAUACUAGGCGUCUUCAUUACAUUCCGGAACUCCCCCAUAGUGAGAGCCAACAACCGGAGCCUGAGCUUCCUCCUCCUUGUCUCCAUCAAGCUGAGCUUCCUCAGUGUGUUUCUGUUCCUCGGUCGCCCUGUGGAUAUAACCUGCAUGCUGCGCAUCAUCACUUUUGGAAUCACCUUCUCCAUAGCUGUCUCUUCUCUCCUGGCCAAGACUAUCAUGGUUUGUGUUGCUUUCAAAGCCACCAAGCCAGGGAGCUCAUGGAGAAAAUGGCUGGGAGUCAAACUGUCCAAUUCUGUAGUCUUGUUCUGCUCAUCCAUUCAAAUAAUCAUCUGCAUGACUUGGUUGGCCAUUUCUCCUCCCUUUCAGGAACUGGACAUUCACACUUCCCCUGGAACCAUCAUCAUUCAGUGCAAUGAGGGCUCAGCUAUUGGCUUUUACUCAGUUAUUGGGUAUAUGGGGCUUCUGGCAGCUGUUAGUUUUGUUUUAGCAUUUUUAGCUCGGAGCUUACCGGACAGUUUUAAUGAGGCCAAGUACAUCACUUUCAGCAUGCUGCUCUUCUGCAGUGUUUGGAUCACAAUGAUCCCGGCCUAUCUGAGCACCAAAGGCAAAAACACUGUGUGUGUGGAGAUAUUUGCCAUACUCACCUCAAGCGCGGGGCUUUUAGCCUCUAUAUUUCUGCCCAAAUGUUACAUUAUUUUAUUGAGACCUGAAAUGAACAUGAAAUCAGUUAUGUUUGGGAAUAAAACCAAAAUAUUAUUCAAAUAA